AUGUCAAUUGUAGAUGAACAAGAAGUUUCUGAACGUUUAGAGUUGGGUGAUUUCAAAGAUAGACAAUGUUUAACAAUAUCCGAAGUUGCUCAAAUGCUCUCUAAAAAAAAGGAAGAAGUGGAACAAGAACAAACAGAUUAUAUUAACGAUGUUUUCGAUAAGAGUUUAACCUAUGCCAGAAGAUUUGGAGGUGGAUUAUCUGUUGAAACAACAAUGGCAAUUAAAUCUGCUCUCGGAAGAGCUACAGUGACACUUAAAGAUUCACAAGAAAGAAGAAAGCUCCAACCUUUCCAAAUUGCUCAAUUGGCCAACUUGAUGCCAGGUGAUGCAGAAGAAGCUGCCACCCUUAUUCCUAGCUUGAAAGCGUUUGAUGAAACUGAAAUUGGUAAUCUGUUAAAAGAUCUAGAAAGUCUUAAGGGCAUCUAA